GAUUACUAGUCUGUGGUUUUGUAUUCGACACUUUGACAGCAUCAAAAUAAAUAAACCAGAGACGGUAUUUUCAAAAAUAAAUCAUUAUUGUUACCAAAAAGAUUGGGAUAACUAUAAACUAAUAUGGAACCAAAUAAAAAAGAAGCCUCGUCAUCAGAAUCUUCUUCGGGAUCAACAAGCGAUUCAUCUAGUUCAAGCUCCUCUAGUAGUGGAAGUGAGAGCUCGUCUUCUUCAGAUUCAGAUUCAACUUCUUCUCAAGGAUCAACUAGAGUAUCAGAAACUAAGAAGAAUAAUCCAGUACAGAAAAAUGUUAAACGUAAUUCUGACACAGCAAAACAACCGCAGUCUAAUAUUAAACCUGAAAUUAAGCAGCCUGUAAACAAACCAAAACCUGUCACUUCCAAAACUUUGAAACCCACUGUCAAAAUUGAGAUUUCUUCAACAGAUGAAGAAGAACCAAAUAAAUCGAAUACUGUAACAAAACAAGCUACUAAGAAGAAAACCAAUGCGAAACAAAAACCUUUGGGAAAUGUGAAUAAAACAGCGCCUUCAAAACCAUUAUCUGCUAAAGUUAUUCCUAAAACACUACAGUCUUCAAGUAAAACAUCUGUAAAAUCUAAUGAGGUACCGAAAACUGCUAGUAGUAAAAUUCCACCUUCUGCUAAAUUAUCUGAUAAAGAUGAUAAAAAGAAAAGUAUCUUUUCCCCUGAAAAUAGUUCUGAAGAUUCAGAGGGCACCACCAAAGUGAAAACUACACAAAAACUACCGAAUAAAGCUCCUAAAAAAUACCCAACAAAAGUUGUUGAACAAAGUGUUAAGAAGACACAGAAGUCUCCUGUCUCUAAAGUUGAAAGUAACUCUGUGAGUUCUGAGGAUAAAUCGUCUUCUGAUUCUAGUACAAGUGAAACCGAUAGUAGUGCACCAUCAGUAAAAAGAAUUAAGAGGAAUGAUACAAAACCCAAAACAUCAUCUAAGAAUAACAGUAAUAGUGAUUCUGAAAAUGAAACAAAUGAUUGCAAAAAAACACUGAGAAAAUCAACUAGGUCGGCUAAUACUAGAAAAUCAAAACAUGUACUUGGAAAGAAUGUUUAUUCAGAUACAGACUCUGAUACAGAAAGUACAAAGAGAUCAUCUAGUCACUCUCCAGUAAAAAAAGCACCAGUGAGUAGUAAAGGCAAAGCAAAAAAAAAAGCCGAAAAUAUAGAGAAUAAAUCUAGAGGAAAUGAUAUUCUUGUUGAAGAAAGGACAUGUCCCUUAGAGGGUUGCAAUAGUUUAGGUCAUAUUUCAGGUAGAUUUUCAAAACAUUUCACUUUAGAAGCUUGCCCUAUCUAUCAUAAUACAACUCCAAAUCAAUGCAAAGAAGAAUGCCUUGAAAGAAAAAAGAGAGAAGAUAAUAGAAAGAAAAUAUUGGAAGUAUUCAAAAAGUCUCAAAAAACCACAAUCUUACAGGAACAAAAGCAAAAUUUGCAGCAUAUAAGAGAGGCAAGAGCAAAAUUUGAAUAUGUACCAGAUGGUUCUAAAACGUCAGAUACAAGUAGAGAACCUAUUCUUGAUGGUUUUGUUCCUGAUUAUGAUUUGAAACUUUUCAAAGACGCUCAAGCUAUAUCUGCAGAAAAAAUUGAAGAAGAUUUAAAAACACAACCGCACACAAAGGCAACCAAAUAUAUAGAAAUGGGCAAAUACGAGAUGGAAGUUUGGUAUCAGAGUCCAUAUCCGGAAGAUUAUACGAGACUACCAAAACUUUACAUUUGUGAAUUUUGUUUACGGUACAUGAAAUCUCGGACAGUUUUAAUGAGACACAUAGUGAAAUGCGUGUGGAGACAUCCACCUGGUGAAGAAGUUUAUCGCAAAGACAAAAUAAGUGUAUGGGAAGUGGACGGGAAAAAAUAUAAGCAGUACUGUCAGAAUUUGUGUUUACUUGCCAAAUUUUUCUUGGACCAUAAAACAUUGUAUUAUGAUGUUGAGCCUUUCUUAUUUUAUGUUAUGACGAUCUAUGAUUCAGAAGGGUGCCAUACGGUGGGAUAUUUUAGCAAGGAGAAGAAUUCUUUCCUCAACUACAACGUAUCCUGCAUCCUUACAUUGCCACCGUAUCAACGUCAAGGAUAUGGCAGAUUGUUGAUAGAUUUUAGCUACCUUCUGACGCGAGUGGAGGGUAAAAUUGGAUCUCCAGAAAAGCCUCUCAGUGACCUUGGUCUAAUAUCUUACCGUUCCUAUUGGAAAGAUGUCUUACUAGGUUACCUUUGCGCAAACUCAAAUCCAGCGCUAUCGGUGAAGGAUAUCAGUCAAGAAAUGGCUAUAUCCUCUUACGAUAUCGUGUCCACUCUGCAAGCCCUCGGAAUGAUGAAAUAUUGGAAGGGAAAACAUAUCAUCCUCAAGAAACAGGACGUGAUUGAUGAGUACGUCGAAAGGACGAAACGUCGGACUACCGCUCUGAAGGAGGUAGAUAGAGCUUGUCUGAGGUGGAAUCCCAGCCAACCAGCGUCAGUUUGAUCUAGAUCUGUAUUGGAUGCGGUCAGCUUAGCAGGAGAUGGAAAUCAUUAAGAGGAUUUGCGCAGAUAGGUUAUUCUGUAUAUUCAACAUACAUUGAAGUAAGGACGUCGGGAUAUGGUAGAGUAGCUACUGAUGACAGAAAUAAAUUUGCCCUCUGAGAUAAAGACCUUUUUAAUGAAGAAGAAGAAUUUGGCUCAACAUUAUAACUUUGGAGGUUAUGGACAAGACUUGCACUGAAUAUGCUCACUAUUUUAUAUUGAACGUCUUUAGAUUUAGGUAUCGUAAAAUAUACUUGGUGGCUAUAUAAAGUCUGAUGAAUAUCCUGGAAGAGUACAAGAAAGAUGGAUCAAUAUAUACAAAUUCCUUAUGACCUCAAACUUUAAAUGGCUUUACUUAAUAAUUGUUCCUUAUAUUUAUGUUUGACUAGUUCAUAUGUAUAUUGUAAUUUUUUAUUUAUGUAGUAAAUAAUAUAUUGUUUAUGUAC